UUUCAGAGUGAUUCCUGUUUUGUUGAUUAUCGACCGGAAACAAAACGUGAGUCUCAUUCGAUAGCAGGGUUCUUUCGUUUUACAUCUUCGGUUGGAACAGUCGCUUGAUUCACAAAUAUGGCAGACCUAGACGAUCAUUUCGACACCGCCGAUUCCGGAGCAUCGACCACUUACCCGAUGCAAUGCUCGGCCCUACGCAAAAACGGAUUUGUUAUGUUGAAGUCGCGGCCAUGCAAAAUCGUCGAGAUGUCUACAUCCAAGACCGGAAAGCACGGACACGCUAAAGUUCAUAUGGUUGGAAUUGAUAUUUUUUCCAACAAGAAAUAUGAGGAUAUUUGCCCAUCUACUCAUAACAUGGAUGUUCCCCAUGUUAAACGUGAAGACUUCCAGUUGAUUGCCGUAAGUGACGACAACUUCCUCACCCUAAUGUCGGACGGCGGCGAUUUGCGUGAAGACUUGAAGGUUCCAGAUGGCGAGAUUGGCGAAUCAUUACGUGCAGAUUUUGAUAAUGGCAAGGAGUUACUGUGCACUGUGCUUAAAGCAUGUGGAGAGGAGUGCGUUAUUGCAACUAAGAACAAUACGGCUCUGGACAAAUAAACAAAACGUGUUGCCGUUAAUUUCUGUUGCAUUUACAUCUGAAGCAAAUUUAUUCAAAGAUGCUGUUAUAGGCUAGUUGGCUCUACAUCUUAAAUCUGGUUCUGAAGAUCGUAAUAAAUAAAACAGAAACUCGAAGCAUCCAUGUUUGAAUAACUAAGUAACAAAAUAAACGUUUGCCAAUAAAAUUUUUUACCUAAA